AUGACGGAAAUCAACAGAUAUCCGUACUUCCACCCGACCUGCCCACUCUGCCAGCACGACGUCGCCAUCGAACACACUUCCAGCUAUCGUCUCUUCCCACUACACCAGUCACGCUACUUCGACUCUCUCCAGGAACAGCCCCAGUACACAGACGGCCGUGUCUUCGUCCAGGGAGUUCUCUUCCAAAUCAAACGGUUCCCAGGUGUCAGAUACACAGACAGGGCGGUGCUCAUCCACUGCCGCUGUCUCUCCAUCAUCAGCCACUUGGCGCCCGGCAGCGUCAGCCGGUUGCUCGACCUGAUAGAGCCUACUUUCUUGCCCUCCUCGACAGGACCGGUAGAUGAACACGGCGCUUUUCACCACGUCGAUGGUCCCAAUAAUAAUACCAUUAAUAGUGCAAGUAUAGAUAUAGAUGUCAGAAAAGGGAUUUCUAAACUCCCAAAUGAAGUAUGGAACUUGAUAUCAAAGUAUGAUGUGGGCAGACUAGAGUUCAUCGUCAGGCUGGCAGCCCAGCUUCAGCCUCUAUCUGCCUCUCCCCUGCUCAUAUUGGACUCCAGGUUCGAGCUCGAAACCGUAGAUGUACGCGGGGACACUGUCAGAAUUCAUCUUGUGCGGGUUGGUGGUCGUGUGUACAUCAGCCAUCUCUCAGAUCCUGAAGACGGUGCUUCUACCCCUACUAAGGAGCAUGAUAGAAAUACCCUGCCAUAUAGGGACUACCAGUUUGGAGACAGCACAUUUCUAGCCGUCAAGACAGACAGUAUUGGUGUGGUUGAUAUAGCUCUGGAUGAAAGUGAUGGUCGACCAAACUGGAUAUUCGACCAUCCCACCGCCCCCUUUAAAAAGCAGAUAUCCAGAGUCAGAGAUGCAGAUCUACAUAGGCUACGCCUUCAGUCUGAUCCAUCCACAUACCUUGCCCACGCCACAUAUAUCUCCUUCCAAAAAGCUCAGUCAGUCACUUUCUACACCGAUCUUGUCCGUCGUGGCAUCACGGAAGUAUACAUCAACGAGCGCCAGCACCGCGGCUACUCCGUUUCUUUCCCGGACGUACAGCCAUCUAGGACUUUUGAAAUCAACGGAUCAUGGCUUCCCGCCCUGCCACAGAGCGGUAUCGUUAUCCAGCAAGUUGUUCUCGACCACGUCAUUGGCAUCUGGCUGGGCGAGACGUUCCCGCUCCAACCGGUCCAUAUUGGUGUUGUGAGGGACGAGUCUGCGCCCCCACUACUGCCGGGUGACCAGAUGCUGAAAGUUCCCGACUUAUCCAUGUUCACCAGUAGAUGGUAG